UGUAACUGGUCACACAUAAUGUAAGGUAAAAACAAAUGUUCUUAAUUUGAAAUUGCUUUAAAAAUAUGUCAACGGAGGAAAUAGAAGCUGCAUUUAAAGGACACCAGGGGACUGGUUCGCAGGUGAAGAAGGCCUACGAGGAGGCCAUUGAAAAGACCUUUGUCGACUUGAGCGCUUCACAUCUGGAAGAGUGCGAAGCCAUUUAUGAGCAGCACGAAGAAUCAGCUUUGGACACAGAAUAUAUCAUAAACCGCAUUCGCAGUCUUAUGACAAAGGCAGUUUUUGAUCUUAACUCAUGUUUUUUCGCCAGCAACAAUCUGGAAAAGAAGAUUGCAACUUUGGAGAUGCUCAAGGAACAGUUUGCUCACUACGAAGGCAAGAAUUGGUGCUGGAAUUUCAACACCGCCGUGCCCGACAAACUCACUCGCCCGUUGCGCAUGCGAUGUUUAGAUUUCAGCCUGAAUUUUGUGGAACAACAAUUGAAGUCUCAGGAAAAGGAACUUGAGAUUGCAACGGCCAAAUACAACGAUAAUCGUGACCGAGUACAAAAUCUGCUUGACGAGCGGCUGAAACUGAAUGCCAAAAUGAAGCAGCAAUUAUCUGAGUACAACUUACUAAAACCAGAACUAAUCAAGAUAGGGCAGUUAAUAAAUAAUUCCUAUUUGAAAACCGAAAAUGAAAUAAAUUAUUAAAAGGCUA